CGGGCUUUGGAGAGUCCAAGUCAUCGUCCGCAGACGACGUAGGAGUGAAGGAGGAAUUGGGACGUGUGUGUGCGGUGCUGGGGAUUGGCGGGGCACCAGCAGCAGACGGGCAGUUGUUUUGUUCCUCUGCUCGAAGGGGUAGCUACAUUUUAGCGUUUCUGGGGUGUGCUUUUGAUGCAAAAUGUCACAUGCCUUUCUGCACGUAAUUGCUGCACACUCGCUGUGCUGCUUUUAGGGUUGAUUCUUAAUCUAUGUAGGCUUUAGUUAAAACUAGCAAUUAGGGAGGGGGAAAAUCCAGUCAAGCUGGAAAAAUAUCCCUGGCUGUGUUGAGAUGGGGGCUAGGAAUAGCACAGCGUUUACAUCUUUCAUGAGGUACUGCUGUAGCUCAGUGGUGUAAGCUCAUUGCUGGUUUUUGUUUAUUCUUUGCUUUUUGGAAAGUUGCUGUAGAUCACAACAUUAUCGUAUACCAAAAGUAUUCAGAUUUCUUGCACUGUGACCUAUGUUUUCAUACCGAGCUUUAGAAAACAUGUCUACCCUGAGCUUAUGAAUUCUCAAAUUGCAACUGCUUCUGGACAAUUCCUCUACGCUCUGCUGAAAGCUACAGGUUCCUUAAAACUGUGCUAUGAAUGGUGAUUCGGGUGUGGGGGUGGUGACUUCACCACCUCCAACAACAGCCCCUCAUAAAGAGAGGUAUUUUGAUCGAGUUGAUGAAAAUAAUCCAGAAUAUUUGAGAGAGAGAAAUAUGGCACCUGACCUUCGCCAGGAUUUUAACAUGAUGGAACAGAAGAAGAGAGUCUCCAUGAUUCUUCAAAGCCCAGCCUUCUGUGAAGAACUGGAAUCCAUGAUCCAGGAGCAGUUUAAGAAGGGGAAGAACCCAACAGGUUUAUUGGCUUUACAGCAGAUUGCGGAUUUCAUGACAGCACAUGUACCAAAUGUCUACCCGGCAGCACCUCAAGGUGGAAUGGCUGCAUUAAACAUGAGUCUUGGCAUGGUAACACCAGUGAAUGAUCUGAGAGGGUCAGAUUCCAUUGCCUAUGAAAAAGGGGAGAAGUUGUUACGAUGCAAACUGGCAGCUUUCUACAGAUUAGCAGAUCUCUUUGGCUGGUCUCAGCUUAUUUACAAUCAUAUAACAGCCAGAGUAAAUUCUGAGCAAGAGCACUUCCUUAUUGUACCUUUUGGACUCCUCUAUAGUGAAGUCACUGCAUCUAGUCUGGUUAAAAUCAAUAUUCAGGGAGAUGUGGUUGAUCGUGGAAGCACUAACUUGGGAGUAAACCAAGCUGGUUUUACGUUGCACUCAGCAAUUUAUGCAGCUCGACCUGAUGUCAAAUGCAUUGUCCAUAUCCACACACCAGCAGGAGCAGCGGUUUCUGCAAUGAAGUGUGGUCUCUUGCCGAUUUCACCUGAAGCACUUUCUCUAGGAGAAGUAGCUUAUCAUGACUACCAUGGUAUUUUAGUGGAUGAUGAAGAAAAGGUGGUUAUUCAGAAAAAUUUGGGGCCUAAAAGCAAGGUUCUUAUUCUCAGAAACCAUGGCUUAGUAUCAGUUGGAGAGACUGUUGAGGAGGCUUUCUACUAUAUUCAUAACCUAGUGCUUGCCUGUGAGAUACAAGUACGUACCCUGGCCAGUGCAGGUGGACCGGACAACUUAGUGCUCCUUGAUCCUGGGAAGUAUAAAGCCAAGUCUCGUUCCCCUGAGUCUCCAGCAGGUGAGGGUACUGUAUCCCAUCCCAAAUGGCAGAUUGGUGAACAGGAGUUCGAAGCUCUUAUGCGAAUGCUUGAUAAUCUGGGUUACAGAACUGGCUACCCAUAUCGAUGCCCUGCUCUGAGAGAGAAAUCUAAAAAGUUCAGCGAUGUUGAGAUUCCAGCUAGUGUCACAGGUUACUCCUUUACUAGUGAUGGCGAAUCAGGCAUUUCCUCCCCCCUCAGACACAGUUUUCAGAAACAGCAGCGAGAGAAGACAAGGUGGCUGAAUUCUGGCCGAGGGGAUGAUGCUUCUGAAGAAGGGCAGAAUGGCAGCAGUCCCAAGUCGAAGACUAAGGUGUGGACGAACAUUACACACGAUCACGUGAAACCCUUGCUGCAGUCUCUCUCGUCCGGUGUCUGCGUGCCAAGCUGUAUUACCAACUGCUUGUGGACUAAAGAGGAUGGACAUAGAACUGCCACCUCUGCUGUCCCUAAUCUGUUUGUUCCAUUGAACACCAAUCCAAAGGAGGUCCAAGAAAUGAGGAACAAGAUCCGAGAGCAGAAUUUGCAAGACAUUAAAACGGCAGGCCCUCAGUCACAGGUUCUUUCUGGGGUAGUUGUGGACAGGAGCCUUGUACAGGGAGAACUGGUGACUGCAUCAAAGGCAAUAAUUGAGAAAGAAUAUCAACCAAAAGUCAUAGUGAGCACAACAGGACCAAAUCCCUUCAAUAAACUCACUGAUCGAGAACUGGAAGAAUAUCGCAAAGAAGUAGAAAGAAAGCAGAAGGGACCAGAAGAGCCUUCAGAAGAUGGCAGGCCACAGAAAGAGCGAAGCCCCCCUGAGCCCAGCUCAGCCCGCACUCCUCCCAGCACGCCCGUUAAAGUAGAGGAAGGAGAUGGAUAUGCUAAAGAAUACCUGUUACCAUAAGACACGGCCGGACCAGACCUACAGAGAUGACAGUGAUGCUGCAACCUUCAAGCAAACCCUCCCAGAUCUCACCCCCGAUGAGCCUUCGGAAGCACUCGGCUUCCCUCCCUUAGGAAAGGAGGAAGGGAGAUGUGAUCAAGAUGUGCCCAAAAGCCAAACAGAGCCACCUGCAGUGGAAAAUAAGGAGCCCCAGUCCCAACCCACUGAAGAGCCAGCAACACCAACAGCUGAGGAGGGGACAGCAGCUGAUGCAGGUAGUGAUGAAUCUCCAGGGAAGUCCCCAUCGAAAAAGAAAAAGAAGUUUCGCACUCCUUCCUUCCUGAAGAAGAGCAAAAAGAAGAGUGACUCCUAAAGGCCAACCCACUGCAGAAACACUGUCAUAUUUUAAAAUCCAUUAACCACUAGAAUGUACCAGAUCGUACUGAGUGUUUUGUCUUACUAUGUAAAUGAAUGCCACAAUUAAUCCAACCAGCCCCUCAAGUUAUGGCUUGAUUGUUUAGGGUUAUAACCAGAAACUCGUGUCCAAAAAGGUGCUAAUCCUGUGUGUUCAGCAGCUGCCACAGAACUGAUCCCUAGUUAGUAAUCAAAUGUAAAUGGCUUCCGUGUGGAAGGCAUUGAUUCCCUAUUUUUAAUUUAAAGCCUGCACUGCUUUGCUAAAGAAUAUAAAAAAUUCACAAUUUAAAAAUAAAAGACCCAUUGCUUACCACAAGAAUUGUUCUUUCCAAUAUUCUGUCCCAAGUCACAAGUAAAUUUCUUAAAUUUUGACUUUUAGAGAGGAUGCUUUUGCAGUGGUGUUCUCAAGGGGGGUGAAUUCUUGAACUGACAUGUAAACUUCUGCAAGCUUCUUGAGUACAGGUUGUGGUUUGGCCAGGCUUUGAGGCUCUCCAUUGCUUCCUCUCUUUCUCCCUUCUCACUGUUGUUACAAAAUGAAAGUGUUUUUCACUUUGUUUUAUUUUAUAACUGGCUGGUGAAAUCAGUCUUUGAUGUCUAGGACUGAAAUGUCCAUGGUGUGUUCCUCUCAUGUUGUGUGUUCAAAGAGCCCAAUCUUGGCCUGUUUUUUUUUUCUUUCUAGUGAAUUACAGUUUAAGGGAAAUCUGUCUUUGCUCUUGCCUGGCUGAGUCAUGUGGUGAUUGGGCUGUUAGAAAAGGUUAAAAAGUAACUGAAGUAUUUCAGAAGUUUUUCAGCUGGUGUUGUGGAGCAUGGGCAGGUGUAUUUUGGGCCUUAGCACAGGUUUUUUCAUUCUCUUAAAAAUCCCUUUGUUGCACACGCAACCUUGCUGUGCGCAAACCCCACGUGCAGCCUUUUGUGUUUGUUCCUUCCCACCGAUAAAAAUGUAAAUGCAUUACACUGAGUAGCUCACCUUGUUUUAUAGUAAUUAUAUUUUCACUUACAAAAGCUGGCACUUCUUUAAAUCUUUUUGUUGUUGUUGCCAGCAGUGGAGUACAGAAAUCCCGUGUAACCUUAAAGGUGUAUUUUCACCGUUCGCUAUAAAUGUUCGUUUAACGUGCAGCAUGGCAAAUCACUCUCACCACUGAGUUCACUAUUUCCCAGUUAUUGCCAUGCUUCUGUCUAUCACUAAUUAGAAAAGUAGUUUAAGAUCAGGUAGGUCAAGCUUGCGGAAUUCUCUGGAAAGCGGGUGCCGUUCCCUGGCUCAGGGCCAGCGGGGCAGUGACCGGUUCUGGUUUCUAGAAUUUGCAUUUCGGGUUUAACAGCAGCAAACCCCAACAGCCCACGGGGGCAAGGGCAACACACUGACUCACAGUAAGCGUCUGUAACACAACAGAAUGUGGAUGUAACCUUUUAGGACAAUAUUAAAUGUUGCAAUUGAUAAAACAGCAGAGAACUAAUGCCUUACAUUCAUGCAGCAGAAAGCACGGAGGGCCGGCGGGUGGAGCAGGAGGCGGCUCUGGGCGGGCAGAGCCAGGCCUGUGUUGGGCUGCGAGGGGCCGAUGCCUCGGGCUGGUUUUGGGCAGCGAAGGGGAACAACUGGAAGUGGAAUUGAGCUGUCAGUGUUCAAGUGAGAACAGAGUGGCCAGACAGAAUUGAGCUGUCAGUGUUCAAGUGAGAACGGACGUUUCCAGGUGGCCGCUGGGUCCGUGGCAAAGGUGCCGGGGCCGGUGUGGGACAGAGCAGGUGGGCACUGGGCCCAAGCCCCCAGACAGCAGCGCUCAGGCAGGACUGCAUGGCACGAAUGGCUUUCAGCUUCUGCUCUAACAUUGUAUGUCCUUGUACACUAGGAAGCAAACAACACUUAUUUUGCUAAAUUGUGUUUUAUUGCAGGGUCGUAACUAAAUGACUAAUUGCUGUACGUUUCAGUUCUUUACUGAAGUCCCUCCGUUUAUCCUGACCACUUAUGCAAUGACUCUUAAUUUCUAAUUUUGUAGUUUGUUCUUUUAGUUCUUUGUAUUACAAUAUGAAAUGUAGUCAUGUAUGGUAUGGUUACACACUUUGGGGCAAAAUAAAGUCCUGUAUUUUUCUUUC